UCUCAUUCCGAUCAACAGACACAUUGCCAUUCUCCAAGAGAAAUGUCCAGCUGGUACCAUCCUAGUUAUGACAAGGGAGGUGUGGAAUUUGUCUGUACGGGGUACGGGAAAGACGUGGUGAAGGUGCUGACUGUCAGGAGAGAGGGAAAGUAUCAUUACAUCAAAGAGAUUGAAGCUAAUGUCCAACUGACGCUGAAGUCACUGAAGGAUUACAUGCAUGGAGACAAUUCCGAUAUCAUUCCCACCGACACCAUGAAAAACACCAUUCAUGCCUUGGCGAAGCUCAGAGGGAUUCGAACCAUUGAAGAAUUUGCACUGGAUAUUUGCAACCAUUUCCUGACAUCCUUUCCUCACGUUUCUCGGGCCAAGGUCUACAUUAAGGAAAUACCCUGGAGACGUCUACAGAAAGAAGGCCAGGAGCACGUGCACGCCUUCAUUCACUGCGGAGAAGCCACCCGCUUCUGUGAGGUUGAGGUGCUCCAGAACGUGCCGCCAGUGAUUCAUUCUGGAAUCAGGGACAUGCAGGUCCUGAAGACAACUCAAUCUGGGUUCGAGGGCUUCCGAAAGGACCGCUUCACCACCCUGCCUGAAGUGAGGGACAGAAUCUUCUCCACUGUUGUGUACGCCAAAUGGCGUUACCACACAUCAAGAGCAAUCAACUUUGAUGCUGCCUGGAAUUCCGUGAAGGAUUCUAUCCUUGAGGUAUUUGCCGGUCCCUACGAUUCUGGUACCUAUUCCCCGUCUGUCCAGAACUCUCUCUACGAAGCUCAGUGUCUCAGCUUGAGCAAGGUUCCAGAGAUGGAAGAGAUUGAAGUGGUUAUGCCAAAUAAGCAUUACUUCACAAUCGAUAUGACAAGGUUUGGGAUUCCAGAAAAUAAUGAGGUUCUGCUGCCCACAGACAAUCCAUAUGGGAAUAUUACAGGAACUGUGCGGAGGAGAGUUGCAUCCAAGCUGUAGUAAUGCCUUACUGGAGACAGUGCUAAUCAUGAGCACAGCAAGAGGAAACCUGAUGCAGCAGUGUGGUUCAAGUCGUUCAAAAUAAAUGAACAAAUCCCACUUGGAACAAAAUAAAUGCAGUCGAAAUGUAAAGCUUGAUCGUUGAAGGUUAUAGGCUAAAAUUUCACUAAAGUGUCAUUUCCCAUGCUUCA